AUGUUUUGGAUAAAUUGUAGACAUUUUGUUGCAUUUCAAGCAAAAAUUUCACCAAAGAAACAGAUCACAUCGUAUAUAAUUAGGACCAGUCUUUUUUCUACAUAUUCAGGACAUUCUCGAUGGUAUUUUGAUACACUUCAACUAGUAAAACAACUGGAAAGCGAAGGAUUCACGAAACAACAAAGUCAUGCAGUCAUGCAAGCACUGCAAACUGUUCUAGAGGAGAGUUUCAGCAAUUUUACAAAAACAAUGGUGACUAAAGAAGAACAAGAACGGAUAAGUUAUACACAGAAAGUAGACUUUGCACAGCUACGAGGAGAACUGCGAACACUUGAAAAAAACGACUUUACACUGAUACGGCAAGAUUACGAAAGAAUUAUAUCAGAUCUUGAAAAACUAAAACGGAUUUUCCGCGAUGAAAUCAACCAUACACUUGCAAAUGUACGCCUGGACUUGAAUUUAGAAAAAGGACGAAUCAGAAACGAAUAUUCAGCACAUGAAUUGAAAAUCAAAGAAACAGAUACAAGAAUUGAAAAUGAAAUCAAUAAUAUCAAAACGCAAGCAGAGACAAUUAAGCUUCAAAUUUUUCAAUCAUUAAUUGGAAUUAUUACAGGUGGUGGAGCACUAGGUAAGCCUUUCAUGAACCAUAAAAAAAAACUAAUAGCCAAGUACUGGCCUAUAUCCGUUUAA